AUUGACUCUCAAGGAAAAAUUUGGAAGUCAGAUGAUUUUUUAGGACAAUGGGUUCUAAUAUAUUUUGGCUUUACACAUUGUCCUGAUAUAUGUCCAGAUGAACUUGAAAAAAUGACAGAAAUUGUCAAUAAAUUAGAAAAACAACAUAAUUUGCUAGUAACUUUUUAAUACUACAGGUAUACCAGCAACUCCGCAUGCGCUUUAUUCCAAAAAAGAACCAUCAGCCAUAUUGGUGUGUUGUAUCGCUGUCCUCAGUAAUUUCAGAAGAUCAGUGAGUAAAUAGAUCAUCAUGACGGAUUCUAUGAAAUUUGGUCCAGAAUGGUUGCGCAAUCUAUCUGGAGACACUUGCAAUAAUAGUGGUGGUGGUGGAGGUACUACAAGUUUAACUACUCCACGUUAUCAAUUAGCUGAACAUAGAUAUGGGCGAGAAGAAAUGUUGAUUUUAUUUGACCGUAAUUGUAAACCUCCUGAAUUAUUGACAAAUUUCUCAUCAUUAUAUGUUGAAAAAACUCAACUUCCUUUGGCUCUUAUACAAAUGACAGAAGAUGAAACGCGGAUGUGGAAUGGAGGAAUAACUAAUGGUGGUCGAGGAAGAGGUGGAAGUGUGGAUCGUGGAGGGCGAGGAAGAAAUGGAAGAGGUAGUUUAUAUUCCUCUCAUUAUUCCCGUGGUGUUGGUUUUGAUGAUUCAGGAGAUGGAUCUCGAAUCGACAGUCAAUCAUUUCAAGGAAGAAAUCGCCCAUUUGAUAGGUCUCAAAGUGAACGUAGUUGGUCAGAAAGAAAUGGGGCUUCAGAUCCAGGUGAAUGGAAUGGUUCUACUAGUCCUAGAAAGGAAUUAAGUCGUGGAGCUAGUGGUAGUUCUCUUAUGGAAAGUAAUUGGCGACGUCAUCGUGGUGGUACAGAAGAUGAUGAUGGUUGGCGAAAAUGGGGAGGCAGAAGUAGUUGGCGUGAAAGUGGGAGCAUGGACAGAGAUAGAUUAGAGAGAAAUGAAGCAGAUAGCGAAGAAGGACGGAAUAGUGGUGGUAGAUGGGAACAUCGUGGAAGUCAUAGAGUCACACACGAUUCAAGCCAUCAUCCACCCCCUCGUACAACACGUACUUGGGAAUCAAAUCAUGAUAAUAAUCAUGACAAUCUUCCUGAAUGGGCUACUGAAAAUCCUAGUGAAAGUGGAGGAAGUUUUGAUGCUUCAGGUGCAUUCCAUGGUGGAAUGUAUUCAGAUGAUGAUGAAGAUGGAGUGAUUAGUGCAGGUGGUACUCAAGAAUCAAGGACUCGACGUGUUUCUGAAGGAAGUGCUGCUAAUAUAAAAAAAUCUGGUAGUAAAUCUUUAUCCUAUAGUUCAACUCAAGGACAAAUAACAAAUCGUAAUACCAAUAGUGGCACUAGUACAAUAAACAAAGAACGACCGAAGUCCUUGCAUCCGCUCGAUGAUAAAAAUGAUUGUAUCGAUAAAGAAAGGAGAAGCAGUUCUCCAGGGAAACUGCCUAUUACAAUAACAGAUAGUACCCCUACUAAACCUUCAACAUCAUCUGAAACUCCACAAAAAAGAAAUACAGUAGUGGCAAGUACAGAGCAAAUAGAAACAGAAAAAAUAACAUCUAUGGAUUUAGAAACCAAUAAAUCUCCUAGUAAAGAAAAGAAAAAAGAAGAUAUAGAAACAGAAACAAAGAUGGAUUCUAUUCCUGUCACUGCAAAAAAACAAGUCCCGUUACAAAUAGAGUCUCAAAAAGUGGGUCAUAAUACGGAAACGAAUGAUGUGAGACAAAAGUCGGAAGACGAUUUGGAUAGAAUGAAAGAAGAAGCCGAUGCAUUAGUUGCUAAAUUGAUGGCGGAUGAAGAAAACCAUAGGGAGAAAACAGCUAGUAUACCGCCUUCUAUUGGUAACCAACCUUCUACAGUUCCAUCAACAAAUGGACAGGAGAAAUGGUUUUACCGUGAUCCACAGGGUGAAGUUCAGGGUCCGUUCUUAGCAAGUGAAAUGGCGGAAUGGUGUAAAGCUGGUUAUUUCACUGCUGGAUUAAUGGUAAGAAGAACUUGUGACGAGCGAUAUACUACAUUAGGGGAUUUAGUGAAGAUGUGUGGUAGAAUACCAUUUACACCUGGACCUCCUAUUCCUCCUUUAAAGUUAGCGGAUCAAGUAAUACCACCUGUUCCUAACACUGUACCAGCUGGUAUAAGUGCACUAUCAAAAACUAGUAUAGAAGAUCCCCUUCUUCUGCUGCAGUAUCAACAUAUGCGUUUGUUACAAAAUCAACAAUUGCUUUUGAGACAAAUGCGAACGUCAGCUAUAGCGAAACUUUCUCAAUCUGAACAUUGGGCAACUUUAAGUCCUAUGGAACAAAAUCAAUUGAUUUUUCAAUGCGUUAUUCAAGAUUCAGAGAUUCCAGAGGUACCAAUUUCUACAAAUCCAUUUGUACCUCAUCUUUCAUCUCAGGCUUCAAAUCCAGUUAUGCAACUUUUCACUCAAAUGCAACAGGCUAAGACACAACCAGAAACUCAUUUAACAUCAAAUCCACAUUCAACUACAGCAACACAUCCACCUACAGUUGAUCCUAUACAACAACUUAUACAACAAAUGGGUGGUAUGCAAAAUAUACCGGGAAUUCAACAGUCAAGUACACCAACUGCGACACAAGAAGAUAAUCCCAUAAAAUCCUUAUUACGUCAACUGAAUGUUAACGCAAAUGGCCAUCCACAAACAUCUCAUAUUGAUACGGUUUGGCCACAACCUCCGCCACAAAUAAAUCCACAAUUUAAUGCACAGAAUUGGUUAGCGCAAGUUGGACCGAUACCAGCUGUUCCUCCUGGUCAAUUGCCUACAUCAUUAUGGGAUUUGCAUACUAAAGAAAUAAAGACUGAACAACAAAUAUUGGAAGAACAGAAUCUUCGAUUACAAGAAGAUAGAAAGAAAGAAGAACUUCGAAAACAAGAGGAAUUACAACGUCAAGUUGAAGAAGAAAAUGCGAAAAGAAAAAAAGAAGAACAAGCUAAACAAGAAGAAGAAGAAGCAAAACGAAAAGAUGAAGAAAGAAAGAAAAAAGAAGAAGAAAAAAAACGAAGAAGAAGAGAAUUAGGAAGAAGAACAAGAAAACAGGAAGAAGAGAGAAUGCGAAAAGAAGCAGAAGCACAACAAGCUGAAGUUGAAGAACAAGCUCGGCGAGCAGAACAAAGGCGACGAGAAGCAGAUGCACUUCGCAGAUUACAGGAACGAAGUAAAGCACCAUGGGCGCAAGCACCUCGAACACCUACUCCAGCAACUCCUGCUGCUUCACUUGCUGAAAUUCAGAGACUUGAACGAGAAAAAAAAGCGGAAGAACAGCGGUUUCAACAAAUAAUGCAGCAACAAUUAGCACAGCAGAAAGCCAUAGAAGCAGCGCAAGAAGCAUCAGUAACUGAUUCUUCUAAAAGAUUGCAAUUUAAAUGGGCAGAAAAAAGUACGGGUUCUACUAAAUCUAUACCAGUAAAAAGUCUCGCUCAAAUUCAACAAGAAGAGCAGGAACGGAUCGCCAAGCAGCAAGAAAGGGAACGUCAAGAAAAGGCAGGACAAAAAGAAUCAACGAGCGUACUACAAAAUGCUGGAAUAUGGGGUACUGCAUCUCAAUGUUUGAAUUGGGCUAAUUCGAGUAGCUCUAAUAAUAAUCAACCUUGGUCGAACAAUAGUGGUAGUAGUGGUUUUUGGGAUGAUCCCACGCCAAUCAAAUCUUCUACAACCGCGAAACAAUCUAUUAAACAGACUAGUACAGCAAAGGCUCCUACUGCCAAUCAACAACAACAACAAAGUAAUAAAGCAAAUAAAAGUAAGAAUAAACGGGAAGAAGAACUAGUAAAGAAAUUAUUUGAACAAAACACUGCCAAGACAGAUGAUUUUACGCAAUGGUGCAACAAAGCUCUGAGUGGUUUACAAGUCUCUGUAGACAUCCCUACAUUUGUUGGAUUUUUGCGAGAUAUUGAAUCUGCGUAUGAAGUAAAAGAAUAUGUUCGAGAUUAUCUUGGUGAUAACAAACAAAGUUCAGAAUUUGCAAAGCAAUUUUUAGAAAAACGUAGUAAGUGGCGAUCGGCCCAACGACCUCAAGCACAAGCGGAUGAUUUGUGUAAACCAGCACCUGCUGUUAAUCCUAAUGCACCUACGGAAUUUCAGGAAGUAAAGGGAAAGUCAAAGAAGCCAAAGAAGGGAAAAAUGUACAAAGUUGAUAAUAGAAUUCUUGGCUUUAGUGUAACUGCAGCCCCUGAUCGUAUCAAUGUAGGUGAUCGCGAUUAUGGGGAAGGUGUUUGAAUUAAAUCUGACAACUCUAACUAUAUUACGGAAAUUGUGCAACGCUUGGCCCAACACAUGGUUUGUUAUUUAUUUAUUGUAAAUGCCAAAUAAGUUCUAAGGAACCCGUCGCGAGUACUUCGUUAAAAAUGUAUAAGAUUUUUCUAUGAUUAUGCGUGUAAGGAUUUUACCUUUCCUAUCCUUCAUUCGAACAUUAAUGGGAGCCUUAGAUACCGAUAUAGCGUGGCAUUAUUUCCUUUUCGAAUGUAACUGAAAGACACUCCGAAAAAAAACCCUAUUGUAUAUACUACUCAAAAAAAGAUACUUCAUAAAGCAAAGCAAACUCAUCUUCUAUUUACGCGUAUAUAUAUAUAAAUAUAAAUAAAUAAAUAUAUAUAUAUAUACACAUACAUAUAUAUGUAUAUUCUAUAUACAUAUAUAGUAUUAAUACAUUUUGUAAUAUUUCACUUUCAUCGUAAAUGAAGAAAUUAUGCCGAUUGAUAACUUGUACACGCGGAAACAUCGCAGUCGAAAGCAAUAUGUGCUCACGAUGGUGUUCAGCAAACAAAAAUAAAUUAUAAAUGUAUGUUUGUGAUCAAAGAAACAUCGAUCAAGAACUGUGUUGAUGGGAUUCAUUGGUGUUUGCUUGUAUCGAAUGCACCAAGUAUGAUAUAUAAAUCCUAUGGAUUUCUUGCUUUAUCGCAACAUCACGAUAACGAUACGAUUUUGCUUUGGAUUAUAUUUCAUUAUUAUGUUUUAAAAAAAUAAUUAUCUUACGUUUGAUACAUUAAAAAAUUUUUUUAACCAAUUUAUGACUAUUUUUAAAAGUAAACUAAUGAUAUUUUGACUGAACGAUUGAAUGCAAGCAUCAAUUCGAAAUUAAAUUAUAUUAUAUUUUAAUAUGAAUUGCUCCUUACUCCGUUUAUAUAAAGCAAUCAUAAAAAACAUUAAAAGAAUUGUAUGUUUCAAGGCAGUGACAUUGUGAAAAAAAAGUUCUUGUACUUUCUUAACACUUUGAAUACAUUGGUAUAUUUAAAAGAAAAAAUAGUAUUGCAUGUUAUACAAUGUAUAAAAGAAAUAAACUAUCUUCCAUUUUCCUGUUUUGCACCAGAAAUAUGAAAGUAAGCUCGUGUAAUGUUAGGAAUGUAUUGUCGAUUUUGAAAAAUUACAUAGCACAUAAGAAAAUUCCAGAUUGAUUACUGCGUGUGCCUACGUGUGGAUCUCACUCUCGUCGGCAUAGCCUUCUUAUAUAUUGAGGUCAAUCUAAAUAUUUAACAAAGAAUUUUAUGUAAGAUUUAAUUAAUGCAAUAUCUAAAACCAGUAUCUUUUGUAAAGUUUUAAUUAUAAGUAAAUAUGUCAUGAAGUGUCCCAUCUUUAACAAGGAGUUAAAGGAGAAAACUUUUAGCAUCUGUUUGAAAAAUAUUAAUUUUUUUUUGUUGUUUUUUCUAAUUAAACUAAUAUAUUUGGAAAAAGUGACACGAAUACUCUGUUUUAUAAGUGCGGAAAAUGUUGUGACAGAUCUGACCGCUCUUAAUAUUAUAUGGUUGUUAAUUAAGGUUCCUUGAUCUUCUUCUAAUACAAAAAGUAUUCUUAGAAGAUCAUAGACCUUUACAUGAAAGAUUUAUGUAUAAAUAGAUAAAUGUACAGUAAUACAAGGAUAAUUAAAUAGACGAAAAAAGA